AUGCAACUCAGGUAUCCAAAUGGAACUGUGAUCAGCACCAUCACCAACGCCAACAUCACCUACACCUUUGAUGAUUUGUUGCCAGGUCAAUACUGCAUCUUUGGAUCAAAGAGAGGAUUCAAGCCAAGUGUCCCAGGCCAGUACAGCGUAUAUUACUCUGAUGGAAAAUACUGCACGACCGUCCCUCCAUCCAUCGCCAAUGCUCACUUUGCAAUGGUUGGCAAUGAGACAUUCCGUAUUGGUGGAUAUAUGUUCAUUGAUAAGAACAAUGAUGGAGUGAUGGACAAGAAGUCAUUACUGUACGAUGUUCAACUGGAUUUGUAUAGUGAUGGCAGCAUAUACAUAUCCAAGAAGAAUACCUUUGCAACUUAUACAUUCGAUGAUCUGAGAGCUGGUGAAUAUUGCAUCGUCGCAUCAUAUCCCAAUGGAAGCUACAUCCCCGGUCCAUUCAUGAAUGACAACAAGUUCAACAAUGGCAAGUUCUGCACGACCCUCCCACCCAACGAGGACAAUGCCAACAUUGGAAUGAUCGCCGCUGAGACGCUUACAAUCCAAGGAAACGUGUUCAAUGAUGUCAACAAUGAUGGCAGGCUCAACAUGGCCAAUCUGCUGAAUGGAGCAACUAUUGAUCUUCAAAAUCAAUAUGGUGAUAGCAUACACCUGUUGGACAAUGUGACUGGAUCGUACUCAUUCACGAUACCCCGUGGCAACUAUUGUAUAUUUGGACGGUACCCUAAUGACACCUACAUCCCUAUCAAUCACUUUGGUGACAACGUGUUUGAUGCCACUGGAAAGUAUUGCUUUGCCAUACCUCCAUCCAACACUGCUGCACACUUUGGUAUGAAGCUUGCGCCCAGGUAUCAAUUGGCUGGCAUUGUUUGGGACGACAGUCAGGGACAACAGGGCAGGAUUGACACCAACAACCUGCUGACAUAUGUACGAAUGGAGCUACAAUACCCCAAUGGCUCGAUGGUCGGUCUUGACAAUGUCGUGAAAGGAGCGUAUUUGUUUGACGAUCUCAAGCCUGGGCAAUACUGCAUCGUUGGCACAAAGGAUGGAUAUCUUCCAGGUUUCUUCAAGAAUGACAAUGUCUUUGAGAAUGGCAAGUACUGCACAACAUUGCCUCCAUCAAACACCGCGGCCAACUUUGCAAUGAUGAAGAUACCCACCUAG